AUGGGUCGCAUGCACGCUCCCGGCAAGGGCAUUUCGUCCUCUGCCCUCCCUUACCGCCGCGCCCCUCCUUCCUGGUUAAAGACCACCCCCGAGGACGUGAUUGAGCACAUUGGAAAGCUCGCUCGCAAGGGCUUGACUCCCUCUCAAAUCGGUGUCUACCUCCGUGACUCCCACGGUAUUCCUCAGGUCCGUUUUGUCACUGGUAACAAGAUCCUCCGUAUCUUGAAAUCCAACGGUCUUGCUCCUGCCAUCCCUGAGGACUUGUGGUUCUUGGUCAAGAAGGCCGUUGCCGUCCGCAAGCACCUCGAGACCAACCGCAAGGACAAGGAUUCCAAAUUCCGCCUCAUUUUGAUCGAGUCCCGAAUCCAUCGUCUUGCUCGCUACUACAAGACCAAGCAACAGCUUCCUCCCACCUGGAAGUACGAGGCCUCCAACGCAUCUGCCCUUAUUGCUUAG